AUGAAGCGGCAGGCCGGGAGGGAGCCGAGCCCGUCCAGGGCCGCCGCCAAGCGGGUCCGGGACCGGGAGCGGGAGAGCGCGCGGAGAGACGAGCUGCCGCCGCCGCCGCUGGCUCUGCUGCUGGCGGAGAGCCGGACGCCGGAAGCCUGCUCGGCCGCCCCGCCGCUCCGGACCACGGCGGCGGCGGCGACGGCGGCGGCGGCGGAGCUUCCCGCCGCCAGGCCGGGCACCCUGGAGUACAAGACGCUGCUCAUCAGCAACCUGGGCUCGCAGGUGUCGGACGAGGACGUGGAGGACGCGCUGUUCCACGAGUUCAAGAAGUUCGGGGACGUCAGCGUCAAGCUGUCGCACACGCCGGAGCUGGGCCGGAUCGCCUACGUGAACUUUCGGCACCCGGAGGACGCCAAGGAGGCCCGGCACGCCAAGUCGUCCCGGUUGGUUCUGGGUGAGCGACAGCUGAAGAUCGAGCCCAUGUACGUGAGGAGGCGGAGCGUGACGCCGCCGGACGUCGGGUACCUGCCCCUGCACGCCCCGUACCCCUACCGGCAGCGGUCCCUGUCCCCGCCGGGACCCGGCGUGAGCAACAUCAGGGACCUCCGGGCCAGACACUACGCCCUGGAGACGCUGGGUCUCAGCAGGGAGAGGGAGAGGCUGCUGGACUACUACGGCAUGCUGGAUGAGCGGGGCCGGCCCUACGGCUUCCCCCCGAUGCCCGUGGUGGAGGACCUGAAGCCGGAGGACGACCAGAGGGCGACCAGCAACCUCUUCAUCGGGAACCUGGACGGUAACGUGACAGAAGCGGAGCUGAGGAGGGGCUUCGACAAGUACGGCAUCAUCGAGGACGUGGUGAUCAAACGCCCGGCCCGCGGACAGGGUGGGGCGUACGCCUUCGUGAAGUUUCAGAACCUGGACAUGGCCCACCGGGCCAAGGUGGCCAUGCAGGGGCGGCUGAUCGGCGGCAACCCGAUAAAGAUCGGCUACGGCAAGGCUAACCCCACCACGCGGCUCUGGGUUGGUGGUCUCGGGCCGGGGAACUCCCUCGCCGCCCUGGCCCGGGAGUUCGACCGCUUUGGGAGUAUCAGGAACAUCGACUACGUGAAGGGGGACAGCUUCGCUUACAUCCAGUACGAGAGUUUGGACGCCGCCCAGGCCGCCUGCACCCAGAUGAGGGGCUUCCCUCUGGGGGGCCCCGAGCGCCGCCUGAGGGUGGACUUCGCCAAGGUGGAGGAGAGCCCCUCACGGCCGUUUCCUCCCGGGUACCAGCCCCCCGUCGCACCCCCGUCACACUACGACCUCCUCGGGGAGACCUACAGCCGCCAUCGCAGCCUGGAGCGAGAGCUGAGGGGAGCCAGGGAGCGCUCCUCGCCGCCCUCCCACAGCCUCCUGUCCCAGAGGGAGAGAGACCGGGCCCUGCUGGAGAGAGACUACACCACCAGCCCCACCCGCAGCCUGGAGAGGAGGGUGGGAGGGGUGGAAGCGUUUGGGAGGAGAGGAGCGAGGAGCCGCAGCAGGAGCAGGGAGCGCUGGCUGAAGGAGAGGGAGGAGAGGAGGAACAGGAGGAGGAGCAGGAGUCCGUCCACCGACAGGCUGACGGAGGAGAGGGAGAAGGAGAGGGAGAAGGAGAGGGGGCGGUCGAGGGUUCGAGGUGUGGGCGGAGCGGUCUCUCCCGAUGCGAGCCCGGACCGCGCACGGGUUCGAGCUCCCGACUCCACCACGGAGCCAAGAGACCACUCCCCCGACAGCGGCGUCGCAGGCCGACACCCCAGCACCAACGAAGAAGACCCGCCGCUCAGCCGCCAUCACAGCAAGAGGUCGUCCAUCGAGCACGUCAACAACCACCACCAUCGAAACAGCGAGGUCGCCGCCGCCGGCUCUCCCGCCGCCCACACGGACACGCACACCUCGUCCUCGCCCGGCACGCUGUCGGAGUUCGCCCAGGCGUCGCUCUCGAAAACGUGGCACGGCUUCUUCGCCCUGAAGAACAGCAGCUUCCCCACAGACCUGUACAUGCUGGAGGGCGGCGCCGCCUUCUUCAACACGGUGAUGAAGGACAGCCUGAAGCUGCAGAGCCAGAACCAGCCCAGCCAGCUGAAGAUCGCCCAGAGGCUCCGCAUGGACCAGACCCGGCUCGACGAGGUGUCGCGCCGCAUUAAACUCGGGCGGCCCGACGGCUUCGCUAUCCUGCUGGCUAUCCAGGGCCCCGUCGACCGCCAGGCCCCCGCCCCUGAGCCCGGACUGCAGGUGCGCUUGCUUCGACACCUGGUCACCUACCUGAGGAACAAGGAAGCAGCCGGCGUGGUGAGCCUUCCCGCCGCUAAAGAGGGCGGUCCUGGGGCGAUGCUGUACGCCUUCCCUCCGGGAGAGUUCUCACAACAGUACUUACAGGCUGCCAAAAGGACUGUGGGUAACCUUGACGAGGAGCACAUGGUGAUUGUGAUCGUCAAUGACACUAACUGAUUAUUACACUGAAGAGGACGGACGGCGUGCACGGACACGGAGCGAGCGGAGCGGAAACUACAAAUACUUCCAUGUUUUUAAAAAAAGGCAUUUUAUUGUUUUCUGAAACCCAAACGUACACUACAUCCCUCUGACUGUCUCUGACGCUCAGCUGGUUGUUUCUGAAACACUUUGAAAGAUCCAGUGUGUCGGAUUUAUGCGGCUCCGCUUCCAGAACCAGAACUCUGUUUUCAUUAAAGUGUCUUCAUGUUUUUGUUAGAACGAGACUUUUAUAUGGACGGACGUGUUUCCGCUCCACAAACUAAACACUAGCUCUAGAUGGAGUGACACGAGGACGUCACCGCCGGACGCCGCUGAAUCCUCCACACCGGACCUUGUUCCUUUAUUUUUUUAUUUUGGAGGGAGGAUGUAAACGCCUGCCGCACACAGGCAGCACUGUUGCUUUUGUACUCUUUAAGCUGUAACAUACGACACUAAAUCCGAGGGGUUCGUUUAAACUCGCUCGUUUACUUUAAUUGUUUCCUUUUAUCGCAGAUUUACCAAGUUGUUCUGUUGUGUCCACCGUACGUGGACCGGGAGGUUUUAUACCAAGUGAUUGUACUGUAAACUGAAAGGGGCAGUUUGUCUUCGCAGACUGUUGUUGACGUGUUUUUAAUAUUUUUGUUUGUUUUUGGUUAAAAACACCAGCCGCCACAGCCAAUAGAGACAAAGUGAAUUUCCUGACUCGUCCCUGUGACUGUAUGUUUUAUAUAGCUAGUGUUUUAUCAACUGAACCAUUCCAGUUUCUUCUUUUACGGAAGACGAUCAGAGCCCAAAAAAAAACCAACA